CGAUCCAGCCUCGCGAGGUUGACGUCCGUGUGGUUUCCGGGCGGAUACAAGGGAAACUUCGCAUAGAUUUGCGUUCGGUGAAUGAAGUGCCAGCGAUACUCCAAGUUUGCAAGCAGUCCCGCUACCUGGGAGUGUAUAAACAGGCAUUCGCUGAAAUUCCAUUGGGCACUUUCGACUUCCAGCGAAAAUAUGUUUGGAUCAACUGGGAGUAUGAUACUAUCCGGGCGGGGAUGACCGACCUGUACCACUUUAGGUACGAAAGCAUCCAAACUUCCAUUCAGCGGCUCGACAUCGACAGAUCACGGCUUCAUCCCGGGGAGAUCAAGGAUCUUCAGGACUUCGUAAAGCUCAAGAAGCUUUAUAUACACGGCGAUAGCUAUAAUUUCCGAUGGGUCUUUCGCAAGAACCCCCUUCCAUGUGGUCAGAAAGAUAUCAUCCUACACGACACAGAGGAUCAUAUUACAUUGAACACCUUCGACUGGGAUGAGAUUUGGGACGACAAUCUUGGCUACAUGGCAGCGAACGGCUUCGACGGGGAUGAGAUGUGGGACGAUAAUCUUGGCUACAUGGCAACAAUGUGGGGUGGAGAUAUAUCUGUCGGUGUUCAAGAUGCGUAGCCACGUCUGUUCUCGGUAUGCGAGGGCUAUCUGGGCUGGUCAUGAAGACGCACCUUGGAAGACAGAUGGAACCAAUAAGCCCAUUAUAUCCUGCUCAAUCGGCACGGUUAUAUGCUGUGUUUCCCUGUCCGAGCGGAGAAAAAAACAUGAGGCGAUUUUGAGCGGGGAGUUGCGUGUCUAAGUGGUGGCUGUACGUACAUAUGGACACGAUCGCAUAUAUUCAGCAUUG